UCCCGUGCACAAAAAGGGAAGCUGCUGUCGGCUCAACUUGGCUGCAGUCAUGGCUCGUCUCUCCUUCUCAGAAGUGGGCCUGCUGCUCCUGUUAGUGCUGGCUUUGGUGCUCAGUGCCGAGUCAGGACCGAGAAGGCAAAAGACCCUGAGGAGGAAGAAGAGGGAGUGGAUCCUUCCUCCUGCCAAGCUCAUGGAAAACACUGACUACCGACACAAGAAAUUCAUUGCCAAGAUUCACUCUGAUAAAGACUUGGGAAAGCUGGUGGAUUAUUAUCUCACUGGAGAAGGAGCUGACAAGGAACCCUUCAAUCUCUUUGUAGUGGACCGAAAUACAGGGUUUGUACGCAUCACUGAAUUACUGGACCGGGAGAAACGCCAAUUCUACAAUCUAACAGGGAUCGCAAGGUUCAAAGACGGGAAGAAAGCAGAGGAUGAUGUCCCACUGACAGUCACGGUUCUGGACCAGAAUGACAACACUCCUUAUUUUGAGCUGCAAAUGGGCAACAUCACAGAGGAAAGCAAACCAGGAAGCGUUGUUAUGCAGAUCAAGGGGAAUGAUAAUGAUGAAGCUGGAACAAUUAACAGUGAGAUCAGCUACAGGAUCGUGAGUCAGGAGCCCGCAGGCACCGGUCACAUGUUCACUCUGGACAGAAAGACGGGCCAACUGUACGUCAAAGAGGAAAACCUGGACAGAGAGACUAUUGACUUCUACAAACUGGUCGUAGAGGGGACUGAUAUGGGAGGGGGAUCCAGUGGCCUAGUAGGGACAGGAACAGUGGAGGUCAAAGUCCUGGACAUCAAUGACAACAUCCCCACCCUGGAAAAAUCUGAGUACGAUGGGGAAGUGGAGGAAAAUGUUGCCGAUGUAGUUGUGAUGAGAAUCAAAGCUCUGGAUAAAGACCUUCGACACUCAGACAACUGGCUGACUGUCUUCAAAAUCACCAAAGGGAAUGAAGAUAACAUGUUUUCAAUUGAGACGGACAAGGAAACCAAUGAGGGCGUCUUGAAGCUGAUUAAGGCUGUGGAUUAUGAAGAUGUCCAGAAUCUUGAGCUUGGCCUGAUCGUUACGAAUGUAGCUCCUUUUGUGAAGGGUGGUCCUAUAUCAAUGGAUGUGGACGUCCAGAUUGGAGAGGGUAAUCCUAUGGCUACUGGAGCGGGUGCUGGAGGUGGAGGUGGAGGCGGCGGUGGCGGAGGCGGAGCUGGAGGCGGCGGUGGCGGAGGCGGAGCUGGAGGCGGAGCUGGAGGCGGAGCUGGAGGCGGAGCUGGAGGCGGAGCUGGUCCUGGAGGUGGACCAGGACCAGGACCAGGACCAGGACCAGGACCUGGACCUGGACUUAAGCCAGAUGUUGGGGUUGGACUGGGUGGCGGUAUUAAGCCAGGUGUCAAACCAGGAACUAAGCCAAAUGCACCGGCAAAGAGCUAUCCCAUUAAGAUAGCAGUGAAAAACAUUCCAGAGGAUCCAGCAUUCAUUCCAACCAUCAAGAAUGUUCCUGUAUCAGAAGAUCCAAAUGAAGCACCUAAAGAUGGAGUGAUCACAGUUUUUGCUGCUGUCGAUCCAGACACAGGGCUACCAGCUGAAGAUGUCAAUUAUGCCAAAGCCUUAGAUCCAGAAAACUGGUUUACCAUCGAUGAAAAAACAGCUGAGAUUAAACUCAACAGGGUACCAGACAGAGAGUCACCUUUUGUGGUGAAUGGUACCUACAUUGCCAAGAUUCUGGCGAUCACAGAUGACAUGCCACCAAAGACCGCCACAGGAACAAUAGCCAUUCAAGUCCUUGACUCCAACGACCACUGUCCCACUCUGACCACCACCCACAGCACCCAAUGCACUGAUGAAACAACUGUCUAUGUUACUGCAUUUGAUGAGGAUGCUAAUCCCAACGGAGCUCCAUUCACAUUCAGAGUCAUACCUGAUGGGACACGAGGCAGCUGGGACGUAGAAGUCAUCAAUAAGACGAGUGCCGCGCUUCACUCUCAUGAUCCGCUCUGGCCUGGCUUAUAUGAGGUUCAGGUGGAGGUGUUGGAUGCACAAGGUCUGUCUUGCCCAUCCAAUGACAUUUUUACCGUGGACGUUUGUACCUGUGUGGAGACAAAAGACUGCAAGAUAAAGGCAGCCAAAUUAGAAACUACUUCAACUGAGCUCUCUGCCCCAGCUAUCAGCCUCCUGCUAUCGGCAAUGUGCUUAUUGCUGUUUAUUCCUCUUCUCAUGCUGUUCUGUCAGUGUGGAGCAGAACUUUUUCCUGACAGUUUUCGUGACAUGCCAUGGGAGACCAAAGAACAACUCAUAUCUUACCACACUGAAGGCAGAGGCGAGGAUAAGGAAGUGCCACUCCAUAGUAUAUCUGUAUCUUUGGGUCCCCAAAAGACAUUUGGGACAGCACAAGGAUCAAAUUCCAAAGGCACUAUUACAAAUACUAUAGAAAAUAACCAGACAACUACAAUCCAUGAGGGAUUUUUGGAAAGGUUUCGGGACACCAGGCAAAGUUGGAUGGAGGUCGACAACAACGCUCACAGAUUAACAAGGGAUUUUGGCUAUGGUUAUGGCAGUGCAACAAUCAGCAGAAACACACUACAACACACAACAGCUCACACAACAGCUCUCUAUGAGGAUAUAGCCUUACCUGACGCUUUCCUGAAUGAUUACUACUCACAGAAAGCGAUGUGUGCUUUGCCUGCGAAGGACUGUUCUUUGGAGUAUCAUUUUGAGGGCCAGGGAUCCUCUGCUGGAUCUGUGGGCUGCUGCAGCCUCCUGGAAAAUAACAACGACCUGCAAUUCCUCGAUGACCUUGGGCCAAAGUUCAAGACUCUGUCUGAUAUCUGCUCCCCUCCUAAACCAACACCCAAACCUUCCCUGACACACAAAAUAGUAGGUGCUGUCCAAACCACAGUAAAUAAGGUUGAACCUGUUAUUAUGCCCAAAGUUGAGCGAAGCGUUGAAACAGAGCAUACUGAUGUCAAGAAAGAGACAGUCAUGUCAUCUACUAACAUCUCCAAAUCAUCCGUCAAUACUGUAAGCACUGCCCAUCAAUCCAUGACACUUCCUAACUCUAAGGUUACUAACAUUAGUCAUUCCACCACUCUGCCCCCUCAAGCUCAUUAUUCUGCCACUCUGUCCCCUCAAGCUCGUACAGUUUUCAUACAGCCACAGCCAGUUUAUUACGCCACCAACCCUGUACUACAGCCCAUGCACUAUGUAGUUCAACCACAGCUACAGAACACGGUUAUGCUAACAGACGGGUCACAUGGAGCUAAUUUGCCAGGCUUGUAUGUAGUCAGUGGGCCCCAAGGCUUUCCUCCUGGGCUAGUGAUUCAGGGCAUUGAGGGCCCAAAAAGCCCUGCCAGUCCAGUUAGCUCCACCUUCUUUUUACCUGGUAGUCCAGGUGUGUCUCCGGGCUCAGGCCCUGCAAAGGGUUGGAAAAUGAUAGGGCCAAAUCCCGAUGGUAAAUACAUGUUAGUUAAAGAUAAGAGACCAGAUGAUGCAGGUGAGGUUGACCGAGGCUCGUCUCAGGGCAAUUUGCCCAGAGGUGGAAUCCUGGUAAAAGAGGCUGCUCCCCCUCAGGGGGUGUUAGACCUAGCAGCCCAGGGGAGUGUGUAUGGCAUUCUGCCAGGACACACUGUUGCAAAGAGGGGGGGUGCUGUUGCAGUAAAUAGCAAUUUGGGGCAAACAUGGGUUGGGCAGCCAGGAAUGGGAAUGGCACAUGUGUUGACAGUGAAACCAGAAGUCAGACAGGUUGGAAUGUGGCAACCUGGAAUGAUUCAAGUUGGCAUUCGGCAGGUCAGUACAAACCAGUACCAAGAAACUACGCAGUUGCAGCAAACAGCAGAUACCAGUGGUAUUCUAAAAGCAUCAGGAAUUAGUUCACCAAAUGAAGACAAGACUACAACAGUUGUAAAUACCAUCAUUUCAGCUGAAACCCAUCCAUCAAACGAAGAGGUGUUGAUAGAAAAUCAGUUGAAGGAUUCAGUUCAGAACAUGAAUUAUGAAAUGGUUGAGGAAAAGCAUGAUGUCCCCUACAUAUCAAUGCCUCUCGAGACAUCACUUGAUGAUGAGGAUCCUGGUAGGAUGGUCCAAACUGCAUUUGAAGACAAAUUGGGUAUCCAAGAAUGUCCUACACAAACAUCAGAAACAGCUCCAACAAACAAAUGUACAGAUAUGGUAAGUCAAACCACAGAAUCCAAUGUCCCACAACAAAACUCAGUGGAAUUAGAACAGCAGGAAAAUCAUGUUCCUGCUAAAUGUUUUUCAGAGGAAAAUAUAUCUCUGGUCAAUCAAAUGUCAACCACAGCAGUGUGCCAACCUGGAUCAGAUGUCAUUGAUUUAGUUAAUACAGGCAGAGAGAGUAUAGAGACAUCAACAAUUCCCCAAGGAGAGGGAUCCACAUCUACUUUAGAACACAUCGACAUUGUAGACGAUCAAAUACAAGAUAUCACAGAAGUAAAUGUGGACAGUCAAGAGUCAUUGAAAGGAGUCGUAAAAGAAGGAAAAGCUGUUCAUCUCACCAUAGUUGAAGGUCUAGAGGACAAAAGUCAGGAAGUUGGGUCAGAACCUCAAUUCGGUGAUGUGACAGAGGACCAAAUGGACAGGGAUUUGGAGGAAGAUGUCAGUCCAGCAGAGAACGUAGUGUCAGACAUAGAAACAAAUCAGGUAAUUGCCACCUCUAAUAGUAUCCAGGGAAAAGUGAAUAUGGAGGAAAUGACUGCAGAAAGUGUAAUCACAGUCAGUGAUUCACAUGAAGACGUAAAGGCUCAGGAAGAGCAACUGCUAGAUUCUGAUGUAGGACUCGAUAGUAUGCAUGACAAAUUGUCAGCAACUCUUCCAAACAUGUUUUCAAAAGUGACUUUGAAUGCAUCUGAAGUUAAGUUGAACCUCGACCCAGAGUCAAUGCCAGAACCACAGUUUGGUCAAAGUGAAUGGAUUAUGAUAGACAAAGGUAAUGAAAAGACAGAUAGCGCUGAUGAAGCAAUAACAUCAUCGCAAACUGUCAGCACUAUUAUCCUUGGUGAUUCAAAUCUGACAUCAGCCACAGAAGAAAUAACAAAUCAAGUGCAAGAAGAGGUGUCUAAUGUGUCAACCAUGUCAACAUUAGAGCAACACAUGCAUACAGCAAAAGACAAUUGCUGUGGCCACCAAGAAGAAGAAAGUGAUACAGAUCAAGUUGAUGCAGAUGCAGACAGUAUGGAGAGAAGUGAUGGAGAGAAAGAGAGUAUUAUGGAGGAAGGAGUGCCAGAGCAGAGUUUUAGCACCUCUGAUAACAUAGAUGAAGACACUGAAAGACAAGAUGCUUUCAGUUCUCAAAUGGAAGAUAAUUUAAUCUCAGAUGACUACAUUAUUGAUGAAGAGAAAGGUGAAGAUUCUGUUGAAGCAAUGGUGUCACCGGUACAGCAAAAUGUAAAAUUCUCAGAUGACCAAGGUGAAGGGAAUGCAGAAGGAAAUGCAACAUGCAUGAGUUCUCGAGUUGAUCAUAACUUAAUCUCAGAUAUCAUAAAUGUUUCAGAGGAAGAGGAGGAGAGUUUUGAAGAAGGGGUGUUAUCCAUACACGAAAAUGUUAGCAUCACAGAACCCCAAGCUGAAUUUAUUGAAGGAGAAGCUGUAUCAGGAAGAAGAUCUUUGGAGGAUCCUUUUAUCUCAGAAUACAACAAUGUUGUGGAGGAAGAGCUUUCAAUUGUACAUCAAAUGUCUUCCAUCUCAGAUGAAGACAGUGUAAAAGAAGAUGCAUCUAACACUGUUCAAGUAGAGGAUAUGCUAAUCUCAGGUGACAGUGAUGGAGAGGAAGAAGAGGAACCGGCCCCCUUCAUACAACGAGACAGUAGUUUUUCUGAUGACCAAGAAGAAGAGAAUGGAAGAGAAGACGCACCAGACACAAGUAUUUACGUAGAGGAGGAGAGCAGUAAGUUGAACCAGCAAUUAGAAGACAACUCUCUGUCUUGUCACACUGAAUGCUUAUCUGAGGAUAAUUUUGAUUUAGCAAGUCAAAAUGUAGAGAUUAAUCCGUUGCCAGCAUCGUCAAAGGUGGGUAAAACUCUAGAAAUACCCUGUGAAGUUACUACACAUCAAGUCAGGCAAGGCGUGGACUCUUCUCAGGUAGGAGACAUAGCUUUGGAUAUUCCUGAUAGAGAAGAUACUGUUGGUCAGGCGUUAGAGAAGGAUACUAAUAUGGAGAAUUUGGAUUCUCCUGUUAUAUCUUCUGAGGGAAUGAGAUCUUCCAGGGUUGCAACAGGACAGGUUUCUAUGUCCAGUGAAGAUAAAGGGGCCACAGUUAAAAUGUUUGAAUCUGGAGAUAUCGCUUUUGAAAAAGGCAUGGCAGAGGUCACUUUUGAUUUCGCGAUUAAGGAGGGAUUUGAUGACAGUGCAACUGGUGCAUCUGCUCAGGUAGCACCAACAUCUUAUUCAGAAAUUAAAGUGGUAGAGAAGACCCUAUCUUCAGUGUCAGAAUCAGACCCAGACUCAGGAGAGACAGGAACUUUAAGUUCCAUUGCAAAAAGUAAGGUAGAUGAGGAGGCUGGUAACCUCGUUCAGAAUGAAACUUUGCAAGUAACUGGAGAAGCAACAGGGGGAGGCCCAUACACUGUGGGGAAAACUCUGAUAGACGAUGUGUCAAGAGCUUCUGAUGACACGCAUGGGGCUGAAGCAAUUGGUGUUGAAGUGAGUCCUGUACAGUUUCAAACAGUCAUGAGCCCAAUUCCUCGUAACAAAUCAAGAAAGAGCAAAGAGGAUUCUAAGAAGAAUCCUAAAAGUCCAAAAAGCCCCUCUGGAAAGUGUAAACAACAGUGAGUACUCUGAAUUCAAUGUUGCAUUAUCAACUAUACAGAAACCCAUACCGUUAUAUGUAGAGGUCUGUUUAAGGUCCAAAUGGGUGAAGAAGAGGGAGGUG